CAUUAAUGUUGUUUACCCUCCUGCUGGUUGGGUGGGAUCGUUUCUCUUUAGUCACCUUCUCUCUUUCCUCUCUCUCUCUCUCUCUACUAAUGGCUCACAGGCCGAGACUAGGUCAUGUUAUACUUACGCGUUAUGCAAACAAACCGGAAGAAUUAGACUGUUUUCUCUCAGAAAUGGAAGAGAUACGACAAAAGGAAGAUAGUGCCAUUUCUAACUCUUCAGAGACCAACCACGCACAAAACGCUGGAGGAGAAGACGAGGACUCUGACAAUAACGAACAAGAAGAAGAUGCCAACUGGCUCAAGAAAGCUGGUUUUGAAAAUUUCGUCGCUUUAAUGGAGAACACGCAGGGUGACGAGUGUCCAUCGUCCCACAUUGAUAUCACCGGGUUACCGAAGGCUCACGCGGUGGCCAUUCGACAGAGAAUGCACACACUUCGUACGACUAUCAGGUCGAGACGCGGUCUUGAAAAGAGAAGAGGUUCUGGUCACAGUGAUGUGAGGCAUUUGUUUAUGGAAUCGAAACAACAUGUUGCCGAUAGCUCAGAUAGUUCUGUUGAAUUACGCUCAGUACAAUCUCGUAAAUCCACACCUUCUCUUCAAUCAAUACCUAGCGAAUUAUUACUUGACGAAGCCCCACCCCCCUCUACUAACACACACUCCUCUAUUACCGAUAUUUCAUACCCACCUACUCCACCCACCACUGAUGACACAUGUCCCACAACCCCGCCCACUACUGAUUUGAACGACCCUGACUCUCCCAUGGCUAAACCCCCUCCUAGUGACCUUCCUUUAUCUAAGAACUCAUCACCCUCUCCGGACUCUGGUACCACACCGAUACAGGCUGACAUUAAACUAUCAUUUUGCUUAUCGAGCUAUUCUCAGUUAUCAAAGUCCGAAAGUUUACCGAGCAUAUCACUGGAUCCUGACUCACUCGGCAUAACAACAGUUGAGGAUCUAUCAGACGGUGAUAUGGAGAAAAUUAGAUGUUUAGCCCAUAUUGAGCUAACCAUUACCUUUGAGGAGAACAGCAUACCAUUUAAAACACUUAGAGCACCAAGACAAAAAGGCAACAUUGAAGAGAAGCAGUUUGGGUCCAGUCUGUCUGUACUGUGGCAGUUGGACCAGCAGAGAUGUCCCAAAGCUGAGGUCCCGAUCAUCUUCAAAGAAAUGAUACAGUUUUUAGAAAAUAAUGGACUACACGAUGAAGGGAUAUUAAGAGUUCCUGGAUCAAAACAGAAAAUUAAAGAGAUACAGGACGAAAUUGAGGCUAACUUUUCAAGUGGUAGCUUUACAUUUGAUGGUUGUAAAACAGUUGUUGUGGCAUCGUUAUUAAAACAGUUCAUACGAGAGCUACCAAUUCCAUUACUGACCUACGAACUGCUACCAUCAUUCGCUAGCAUUGCUGACAUUAAUGAUCUAAAGGAACAAGUCAGAACACUGAAUCUACUGAUAUUGAUUUUGCCAUCGCUACAUCAGAGGGUACUAAAGUGUUUACUUCAAUUCUGUGAAAAGAUAUCCAAAGAGACAGAGCAUAAUAAGAUGGAUAUUAAAAACAUAUCGAUGGUCCUAGCCCCUAACUUAUUUUACAAGCUAUCAUCGUCAAAAUUAUCCUAUAAUGAUGUCACACUAGCUGCUAAAACAACUCACGUUGUAUUACUAAUGAUUCGAUAUCAUCGUGUUCUAUGGACCGUUCCAAGUGGAAUGCUCUCGCAAGUCAGAUUCCUUUACGAAUCAGAGCUCAAGAAGCUUAAUAAGAGGAAUGUUAAACAAGCACUCCAGAAGAUGAGUCAAUCUGAAACCACACCACCAGCAAAGAAACCCGAGUCUUCAAGUAAUAAUACAAUAAAGGUGAAAACACCUUAUUUCAAGUCAAUAAGUAAAGUCGUCAAUAUACAAGAGAACCCAACAGCUAGUACUGUCAUUGCUAAACUAUGGAAGAAAUCACAGAUUGAUUUUGACGUCAUUAGGAGGGUCAGUAUCACCAGCACUAGUGAUUAUACACAGAUACAGCAGUCACCUAACGGAACUGACAUUGAAUUUGAUGAAGACGUAACCGAGCAGUUUCUAUAUGAGGUUGGGGGUAAUAUUGGUGAGAGGAGGCUGCAUCCUGAUACAAAUAUGUUGGCGCUUUUUGAGGUUAAUCCAGCAGCUGUUUGGGUCAUCAAACCAAAGAAUUGUCCUUCUAGCACUGAAUGAGAGAGAUUGUACUUUAUGUGUGUGUGUGUGUUAUUUUUUAAUAAUUAUUAUUAUAAAUUGUUUUAUUAAUGCACAGCAUCAGUCACUCUGUGUAUUUAUUUUCCUUUCAUUUUUAAAUUCUUCUUAUUAAAUUUUUAUCAGUAAAAUUAAA